AUGACCUCCUUCCAGGAAGCUAGGGCAGCAGUCGAGGAGCCAUGCCUUGCGAAACUUGUCCAUUGGAGAGGCGACGAUGAGAAUGGCGCAACAGUGCUUGAAGACGUAUUUCGAGAAGUCAUCGUUAUAUCUGACGAUGAAGAUGAUGACCGAGAUAACGACGAGGAGGAGGCAGAAGUACCAGCCCCAUAUGAGGAUCGCAGACAGAAUAUGGAGCCGAUGUCAAGCAAUGCCGCCAGAGGAGAGGCUCAACACAAUUAUGGAGCCCCACGGGAAAACUAUCCUUUUAAUCCGGCUGGCGCCCGCCAAAUCACUGGACGAGACCCUUCUGCUGCCAAUUUUGUUGCUGUUGAGCCUCCCAAGCAGUAUACAGAACGGAGGAACCAUGACCACCGGGGAUUUAGGAGAUACGAGGCGUGGGAUCGAGCAAGGACCCGGUAUAGCAACCUUGUAAACAGUGGUUCUUUUGUACCCGCCGCACUAGAGCCUAGAGAGCAAUACUCUCCACGUUACUCUCGUGUUGAACCGCGGUCUGCGUUCCCGGAUGUUGGAGGGCAUCAUGUUCAGUUGUCACCAACUAGAGAACGUGCGGUGACAACACGACCUACUGAUCAUAUCAGGAGAGAAGUCAUUGCAGAUUAUGCGCAACCGAUAGGCAGUUAUACGUCAGCAGGAUUUACUGCGCCGCAAGAAAGAGAGCCGCUGCAGAGAUAUCAUCGCCCCGCGGACCAUGCUUCUUUUCCUCCUGCCUUUGAAAGAACUCAGCAGGCCUAUGUUUCCCGACAAAGCCCAGUUCCUUCUAAUCUACAUAGGGCAAGCCAGCUCGAGUCUAGGCGCAGCUAUCCUCCAUCUGAGGAUACAAGGUAUGGGCUGGUUCAUCAUGAACAUCCCCAACCCCGACAGGGGCCUACUAACGAAGCCCGUGACUAUCCCAUCCUUCCAUCGAUCGAGAGUCCGAUGGCACCGGCUAGCCGACCAGAGAGACAAGAAGAAUAUGACACACGAAUGCAAAGCCCGAUGGUGAUAUCAGGCCAGCCAGUAUCCAGGACCAUGAGACCCCUUGGCCCUGGGCCACCCCCUCAACCAGAUAGGACGGUGCAAACUCCGCAUCCAAGGACGGAGAGGCACUGGGAUGAUCCAGGAUACACCCGUGCGAUUGAACCGUCGCAGAGACCUUACAGUCACUCUGGCCUGUACCAAAACGAGUUUUCUCCGCCCGUCGCCAGUCAGGCCCAGCCGCUGCGACGCGCAGAGACACUCGCACGCCCGGCCCCGGGACAGCGAAUAGUCAGAGUGUCGCAGCAGAGCGGCGGCUUCAAGGACUAUCCUCGCCACGUGACGGAGAGCUGGGAGCGAGGUGUAUCACAUCAAGCCAUAGCUAACCAAGGUGAUACCAGGAGAGUGGCUUCGCGGUAUCCCUACCCCGACAACCCAGCGAUUGUCAUACGGCAUAGACAUAGCAUGAACUCUCGCCUGGUUGCCUAUCCUGACGAUCCACCCACGGCUGCCGGUAACCGCUUGACGCAGGUUCGCCUAUAUGAUCGACCCGUCGAAACGCGUCCUCUUAUGGUAAGCCGCAAUCUCUUUCUUGUUGCCUCAGGACCUCAUGAUCUAGACCUCAAUGCUCAUACGUAUAUGACACAGCCUGGCGAAGCUCGAUACUCUACACAACCUCUCCAGCAGCACCACAGCAGCAACUACAGCUCAGAAACAGCAGAUAUGCGCUACUCCUACGUGGCGAGCGAUCGUCCACCCCCAGGCACAUAUCCCAGUGCCGCCUCUGCCUUCCACACCUACAGAUCACCUCCACCGCAAGUACGCACCUCCGAAUCUACUCCUACCAUUUCCCACCCUGUUGCACCUCAUCAACUCGACCCAGCACAUAGCUACGUCCAAGGACAGCCAUACACCAGAGAGUACCUGUAG